CCUUUGGCAUAUCUGGGUGCUCAAGUUUUGGGCAUAGACGAAGUUUCCGAAAGUAUUCACGUGGCCACGGCUCAUACACAGUUGACAGCCGAUCGUUGGAAACAGGCCAAACGUGACUGUCCACGGUACGAAACAAUUGGUCUGAAUACUGUGGCCACACGUUCCCGCUCACAUUUCGAUGCGGUGGUCAUGUCCGAAUUGCUCGAACACGUGACCGAUUGGGAAAACAUGCUCUAUUUGGCUCACGUGUGUCUCAAGGUGAGUGUGAUUGAUCUCCCGGGCACUCUGUAG